AUGCAGCAGGUUACACCUCCAUUGGGUGCCGCGGAGUCUGUUUCUGGCAUGGAUGUUGGGACUAUUGUUGCCGAUGAUGCAGUCGCAGCAGCGAAGGCUUUGGCUGACGAGCGGCGUGCAGUCUACAAUCGAGGCCGCGAACCUGACGAUAAGUCCAAAGCACGGAAACCGCAACGCCAACUACCUCCGGCUAUAGACGAUUUGAUCAACGCUGGCAGUCGUGGGUUCAAUUGUCGCAGGAAACCAAUCACAUUAUCGUUCUCGAAUGAUGAAAGAGUCUGGGAUCACAUGGACUGCGAUGACAGAAGCAGCGCUGGAUGCGCACGGUGUGCGCCUAAGCCGAACGACGUGUGCUGCGAUCUGUGCAGCCCCGAUACUGUGUCAAAGUUUUCGUCAGAACACCCCCCCGCAAAGAAAGCAAUGAAGAAGGCUUCUAUCAAGCCAUAUGAGCCUACCGUGGAGACGAGGGACUUGUGGCAAGUCCUGCUGGCAUGGAGAAACGAAGCCGCACACAAGGCCCUAUCAGCGUCCGUGCUUAACAAGUUCGGCAGCGAGUUCUUCAUUGCCGUGAAGACGCUCAAGCGUAUCGUCGACUGCGCACAAGCUGGGAAACUCAACAACCUUGAAACCUUGAGACUGGAGACGUCUUGGCGCAAGGUGUGGGUUGAUGAGUAUGGCCCGUCACUCCUGGAGAAGGUACAUAAUUGCUUCCCAAUUAACAUUGCUCCGAAACUGGCAUCCGAACCGGGUUCCUCGCGCGCACUCGAAGCAGCCGCGACAAAUAUUCCCGCAGCAAAUGCCGCGGGAACGUCUUCGACGACAGCGGCGGCACCGGGUGGUCCCAGCAGUAUAAAGAGAGGGGGCUAA